UGCUAACCUUGGGUUCACCUCUUCCAUCAGGACUUCAAGACCGGCUUGAUUCUUGAGUUACUUCAUUAGACUAAACCCGCUCUCGUGCCUGACCAGGUGACUUCGGACCAUUGUGGACUCCUAGCCUUCGCUUUCUCUCUCCAUAAUGGGCAAUCUAUGUUCCAAGUCGUCGAAUCCACCAGAGAACUUCUCGACUCCUGGGAGACCGCUGGGCACAAGCUCUCAGACCAAGAAAACAACCACAACUCCGGUUCCGCAGAAGUUGACUACCAGUACUCCUGGUCGGUCACUUGGAGGCAGAGAAGGAGCGUCCAGCCCCGAUGAUGCACGCAGCGCUGCUGCCAGAGCUGCCGAGCAACGAGCAGCAGGCGCCAACAAGUCCGGUGGCAAACUAGCCACAAACCUUGCGAAUCAGAAAAAGCAAACCCAAAACCAGUUGUUGAAUGCUGGGUCUGAGGCGGAGCGACGAGCUCGAGAUGCGGACGAGAAUGCGCAGGCCCGCACCUGGAACUGAUGCGCUAUUUGCCUCGCCAUCGUCGAUCGAGUAUGACAAAAGCGCGACUGUCUCGACCUAGUCAACGCUGGCCUCUAGCCCCAUCCUGAUCACACGACACGACAUAGGGCGAUAUACUUUCACCGAAUACUUGAGUUGCACGGAUGCACUAGAAAUGCGGAACGACAUCCAUUUUUAUUUCGAGCCUAGCACAAAACGGCACCUUGUUGUUGGACAUCGUUUUUCACUACGAAUUUCCGAGUCAAGCGCGUAUGCAACAUAGACCAACCUACAUAUGAGAAACGGGGACGAAUCUGGAGCGUUCAGUGGAUGCUGAUAUGAAUGCGCUAAUGUUUGUUUAUGGAGUUGUCUGUGAAAGAUGUACUCGGUUGGAUCGGAUUUCGUUUCUCAGAUGCAACAUAGCGCAUAUCAGUACAUACCAAGUUCAUGUUAAAUACGGAAAGCAAACAUCCACGCUCUACUCUGGUAUUUUUGGGGGCAACAUUUCCAUCCUGGACCUGAUAAACAUCUAGCCAAGUGGAGCUCGUUGAAGGGUGAUUUGGUCAUCAAGGUGAAGUCCAACUCAAAGGCCGUCCAAGGGCCCCGGCCCCGGUUUUACGUGCACGGCGUUGGCAAAAGUACCUACCAAAGUUUAGGCUAAAUAAAAGACUUUGGUUUGCCGGAAAGAGAGAACGAGUCACGAAACACCGGUU